CUAAUGAUAUAUUGAAGUUAAAGUUGAAUGCUAAAUGAAAAUCGAAGGCUAAACCAAACUUUGAUUGCCUACCACUCAACCUCCCAUUUCUUGAGCUCAAACUCUCUAAUUAAUGGCGAGUUCAUCAUCGUUUUAUUCUAUUUUUAUAUUCUUGAUGCUGUUAUUAGCUUAUAACAAGCAUGCCAAUGGCUGUUAUACAUCGAUCAUAAGCUUUGGUGACUCCUUAGCUGAUACUGGAAACCUCAAACAAAUCUAUUCUAACUCAAACCGUGACCCUCCCCAUUUCUUCUUUCCACCCUACGGCGAAACCUUCUUCCAUGAAGUCACCGGUCGCUGUUCUAAUGGCCGCCUCAUCAUUGAUUUCAUCGCUGAGACGCUCGAGAUGUUGCCAAUAUCACCUUAUGUGAGAAUCAAGACAAACGACUUGACGAAGAUAGGCAAAGGAUUAAAUUUUGCAGUGGUUGGUGCAACUGCAUUAGAUUCAUCUUUCCAUGAAGCCCAAGGGGUUUACAAUCCAUUUACAAACGCUUCUUUGAAUGUUCAGUUAAAGUGGUUCAAAGAAAUUUUACCUUCUAUGUGUGUCACUAAGUCAGAUUGCAAGAACUUUCUUCAAAAUUCCUUAAUUCUUAUGGGUGAGAUUGGUGGUAACGAUUACAAUCAUCCAAUUAUAGCGGGAAAACCCAUUGAUGAGAUCAAAUCAUAUGUUCCGCUAAUUAUUGACACCAUUGCCUCGGCUAUCUAUGAAUUGAUUGAUCUUGGGGCACAAACGCUUGUUGUUCCUGGAAACUUACCGAUAGGAUGCUCAUCAGCAUAUUUAACUAUUUACUAUGGUUCUAAUAAAGUAGAACUAGACAAUGCAACAAGUUGCUUGAUAGAGCUAAACAAGUUUGCGGAGUACCAUAACACGAUGCUCCAAAUAGCACUAAAUCAAAUUCGAGAGCUCCAUCCGAAUGUUAAUGUCAUUUACGCGGAUUACUACAAUGCUGCGAUGCAAUUUUAUCGUUCACCACAAGAUUACGGAUUUACAAACGGAGCCCUGACAGCAUGUUGUGGAGGUGGAGGACCGUAUAACUAUAAUUUGCUUGUAGCAUGUGCGGAUCCAUCAUCGACGACCUGCGAUCACCCGGAAACAUAUGCUAAUUGGGAUGGAUUACACUUAACAGAAGCCGCUUACCAUGUAUUGUACAAAAGUUUAUUUCAAGGAACAUAUACUACACCACGAUUUAAUACUUUGUGCACUACCUCAAAUGUACAAGUAGGGGAAGCAUCAUCGAGCUUGAUUUAUAGCUUCUAGCUAAUACAAGCAAAUUAAAUGAAUCUAAAAUUGAAUAGAUGUUUUGUUAAGGAGUUAUAAUUCAAUCCCAAUGCAAAGUGAUUUGUGUAGCUUGAUUUAUAUAUGUAUAAUCUUAACUCAUGUGUGAACUAGCAUAUUUGCUACUUUAUUGCAAUGUAUGAAUGGUUUUUCUUGUCAGUGUACUAUACGGUUAGCCU